GGACAAACUCCGUGAGCUUCGUCAGGAAGCUCCGCGGCACAGUGAGCCCGACGCCGAAAAUGCACGUGCAAACACACGCUUAGGAGUUGAGUGCACUUGGCCGUUCCUGGAAGAGCCCCAGCCUGAGGGUGAGCUGUUACUGCUGAUGCCAGUCCCCUGGGAAGUGCCCGGGAGGUCACCUCCGCCCAAGGCUGCCCGACCGAAGAUGGCUCGCGCCCGCCCCGGGAUGGAGCCCAGUGCCUGAGAUCCUUACCAUGGUGAUGAUCCUGAGUCCCAGCCUCGACAACCAGGGAGCCGACUCCAUAGCAUGCAGGACCUUUGACCCUGAGCUGCACACGCCAAGGAAGAUGAGUCAAGGACCGACCCUUUUCUCUUGUGGAAUUAUGGAAAAUGACCGAUGGCGAGACCUGGACAGGAAAUGCCCUCUUCAGAUUGAGCAGCCGAGCACCAGCAUCUGGGAGUGCCUGCCCGAGAAGUGUCAGGACCGCGCUCUGUGGCACCGGGAGGCAGCGACCGCCUGCGCGGUGACCAACCUGAUCAAAGACCUCAGCCUUAGUGACCAGAACGGGAACCCCUCAGCACCCCCCAGCAAGCGCCAGUGCCGGUCACUGUCCUUCUCCGACGAGAUGUCCAGCUGCCGGACAUCGUGGAGGCCCUUGGGCUCCAAAGUCUGGACCCCGGUGGAGAAGAGACGCUGUUACAGCGGGGGCAGCGUCCAGCGCUACUCCAACGGCUUCAGCACCAUGCAGAGAAGCUCCAGUUUCAGCCUCCCCGCCCGGGCCAACGCUCUCUCCUCGCCCUACGACCAGGCGGGGUUCCACCACCGCUUUGGGGGUCAGCCCUGCCAAGGGGCGCCGGGCUCGGCCACCUGCGGACAGGCAGGCGACAUCUGGAGCUCUGACCCGAACCCCGCAGGAGGCGGCCGGCUCGACAUGCAGCGGUCCCUCUCCUGCUCGCACGAGCAGUUUUCCUUUGCAGAGUACUGUCCGCCCUCCGCCAGCAGCACCCCGGCCUCCACCCCAGAGCUGGCCAGGCGCUCCAGCGGCCUGUCCCGGAGCCGCUCCCAGCCGUGCGUCCUUAACGACAAGAAGGUCGGCGUUAAGCGGCGGCGCCCGGAAGAGGUGCAGGAGCAGAGGCCUUCCCUAGACCUUGCCAAGAUGGCCCAGAACUGUCAGACCUUCAGCAGCCUCAGCUGCCUGAGCUCUGGGAUGGAGGACUGCGGCCCUCACAGCCCCUUCGCCCUCCACGUCAGCAGCACCAGGUCCUGGACCGCCUUGCUCUCAGCCUCGGCCUCCAGCCUGGGGGGCAGGACCCCCGCCGGGACCCCCGUCCCUGAGCCUCUGCCCCCGGCCUCGGACGACCAGCUCGCCUGCAAGGAGGAGCAGUGCUGCAAUGAGCCAGGCGGCUGCCCCCAGGGCGAGGGCUGUGGCAGGAGUUGGGGGCCGGCCACAGCCUGGCGGGACCGUGGGGUGGCUGGGAGCAGCCCCUGCUCCCUGGACGGCGAGCUGGACAUCGAGCAGAUAGAGAACAACUGAUGGGCAGCGGGAGCCGGGCGGGCAGUUGAAGCUGGGAGCCCCACCCGUGGGAGCUCCCCAAGGGCAUCGGGUCCCAGGGAGCUCUGGCCCCAGAGAGGCUGUCCGCCUGCGGGCCUGGCCCUGCCAUGCGGCCAACUGCCCCUCACCAGCAUGGUGGCCCCGGAACCCAAGAGCAGCUUGGUCUGGGCCCCUCUCCCCCUCACCCCCCACCCUCCACUCCCGUUCCUCUCCAGCCACCCCCACCGGGCACCUCGCACAUUUCCUGCAGGGCUGGACGCUCUGUGCGUGCGACUCCCAGUGGAGCUGGUUGGGGGGCUUGUGCUCAGGGCCAUCCGGUGGCGUCAGGCCCUUCCGGCCUCCUGCUCAGGUUGAUUUUCAGGGGGUUGGCCCCACAGCUUCUUUCACUCCGUUUUAUUCCGUGCCUUCUGCCCCAGGUCUCCCUGCUCCAGACUUGGGAAGGUUCGGGAGACACCUCCCUCUGUAGUAACACCGGAACCGUUUGGCCUUAAUUCCAGGUGUGGGAGACAGAGGCCCCUGGGGUGCCGGGAGGGGGCUCUCCGCGCUGGGACCUCGGGGGCUGGGGUGCAGCUUGGGCUGCUCGUUGGCGUCUGCAUCGGGGAGAUGUGGGUGGGUCCUUGCCUGUCCGGUGGCGCCGAGAGCCUGACCCUGUGGCUGCCAGCCCCUCCGGGGGCCGCUCGGGCAGGUUGGCACAUGGCAGCCAUCCUCUGUGGCGAAACUGUCACUGAGUGAUUAGCUUAGUUGAUUCAGGUGAGCGGAGAGAUGUCACCAGUACCGGAAACCCCUUGAGCACGUCCUCAGGAGGCAGGAGCCGUGAGCAGGUGCACGCACCAGGCCUUGUGCGCAGUUUGGGGGUGGAGGGCGUCUGUCGGCCGCUUUGGGGGUCCUGCACUGGGGCCUGUGAGGCCCUCUGCGGAAUUCUAAGCAGAAUUCUAAGCAGUCGGAUGGGGACUGCUGGCUUUAAUGAGGCCCGCCGGCCACCUCCGGGCGAGCGCCCCUGCUGGUCGGUGGGGGGAACAGAGUGUACGAAGUGUCCCCAGCUCCCGGCACGCCUGCGGGCUCCCCGCUCCCUGGGAACCCCGACCCCCUGAGGGUUUGCUCUCAGGCAGCAAGGCUGGCAGACGCCCCUCACGGGCUUGCUCUCUUAGGGUCUGGCUUGUAGCAAACUCAGCAUCUUCCGCAGACAACGGCAGUGGGGUCAGCCUUCCCCACGGGGCCAAGUCACUGGUGUGUUCUCCGGAUUUGCUGACACGCAGCAAAGGCACAUUGGUAGCCUCCUUGCUUCUGCUCAUCUUUUGUGGCUAGAGGUCGCCUCACUUCCACAGCGUGAGUCCGUGUGGUUCUCACGAAAGACCCUCUUUGGGAAACUUUACUUACACCUUCACUUCUUUACUAGAUCAGAAGCCCCAGUUCUGGUUUCUAGGUGGCAUUUCUUUAAAACCAGCCAUAACAUGCUUGUAGAGAAAAUCCCAGUGCCUGCCCUGCCUUCCCCCCAAGGUUCUGUCAAAAGGCCUCAGGUUGGACAGUGCCGUGGUCGUGGCACCGGGCAGGGCCUGGGGCCAGAGCCAGCUACAUUUCAGUGGCUCCCACCAAAGGCACGUCCCCCAGGGACCCUGGAAACCCCAGAGAGCCAAAGCAGGGAGCUGGUGGCUCUGGGCAGACAUGUCAUCUCCCCUGAGCCCCAGCCAGCGGGUCACGGAGGCCAUGUCUUAGAGCAAACCUGGCGGGGGCGAGGGCAGUUGCUGGGUGACUCCGGGGCAGGUGGCACCGGCACCCCGCCCCCACCGAGUGGCAGCAGAGGGAGCCGACCUUUCUGUGGAAGGAGGGGCAGGGCCCCAGAUGCUGCUCUCCCCCAUAGCGAGGGAGGCAGAGCUGGGCCAGGGAGGCCUGAGCAGUGACCCCCAGCCACCUUACCUCAGGGUCAGGUGGGGAGACGCGUAGCAGAGGGGGUGUCACAGGGCUGGGGUGGGGGUGUCCUGCCUUCAGACCUGGUGGCAAGGAAGAAUGAGCUGCGGAGCUUGUGAAAUGGCCUCAUCCUUCCCACCACCUCCCAGGCCGGUCCCAUCGGCCCCUAGAUCCAGUCCCCGGGCACUUUUGGGCAGAAGGGACCCCAGCCUAAGGUGAGAUUUGGCCCUCCGGCCUCUGCAAGCCUCUCUCUGCUGCCCCACCCCCAGCGGAACUCCUAGCCCAAACCUACAACAGUGGCAGCACAGUGGCGGGAGAGAAUGGCCAUUGUCCCCUCUGCUCUGAGAAAGAGGUGCCCGUCCGUUAUUUCGUGUUUGGAAAGAGCCGGCCCUGUGGAGGAGGUGCCACCCCACCGUCCAGGGAGGCGUGGGCAUGCCCACCCUGCCAACACCGGGACCUCUUGAGGCUCCUGGAGGGAGGCCCUCUAGGAGGCUCCCUCGGUGUGUGGCCAUCCCCACGGGGCAGCGGGUGGGCUGGCAGGCUUCCCGUGCCGGUGCCCACGAGCUCCCACCCCUCAUGGGAGCUCAGGGGAGUUCAGAGCCAGGAGUGGGCGGUGCUGUCCCCUGCCACCUGCCCGCCCCUGGGGGCCCGAAACGACAAAAGCAGGGUCGUGGCUCCAGGAGAGCUGGGUGGGGAGCAGAGGCACCCCUACCUGUUCCAGAAGGAGCCCCUUCCACAGCCGCCUACGGGCCAGGCCAGGCGGGGGUGGGGAGGGCCGCAGCCUCACCGUUUACAUGACCGCAGACCCUCUUGCCUUACUCGCAGUGGAGGCCGGGGCCCGGCGCGGGGCCCGGCGCAGAGCCCGCGGGCAGACACGACACCCAGGCCACAGGGGUGCUUGUUCUGAUCAUACGUAGAUUUUCAUUCUCAGAAAGCCUUACUUCUCAUCAACAUUUUUGUAGCAGGAAAGUCUUGUGAAUUCGUAUGCUGGAAGAAAAUUUAAAUAAAGGAAAAGUCCUCGUGAAAAAGAAAGCGAACCCAAAUGUUUAGAUGGUCUGCUGGUGCAGGGGCAGUGUGCGCCUUCCCUGAUGCUACCUGGCGGGGGUGGGGGGGGGCGGUCGGGGCGCUGCGUGUCUGAACGAGCUUCUGUGGGAUCAAAAUCACGGCCCUGGAGGCCCGGGCAGCACCUCCGUGUCUGCCCUGGAGGGCCGAGUCCGGUGCCUUGGGGCUGUCCCCCGAAUGAUAACCGCUUCGGGCCGGGGCCCUGGGUGCGAGCAGAGCCCUGGUCAGGUGGCGGCCGGUGCUGGCCCCCCCCCUCGCGGGCGGUGACGCCGCGGGCUGCCAUGUCCGCAUAGUUGGUCAAGCCCCUCCCCUUGGCUCCAGUCCGAGAAAACACUGCCUAAUCGUUAAAGAGAAAAGAAGAAAAAAGAUGGUGGUAAUAACUAUAACAAUAAAAAAGGCAACCCAGACCACGGCAGAGAUCGUGUAGCCUAGGUAGGAUAGUCUGAUCUUCUAGCAUAGUCUCUUCGGCAAAUACGUGUGUGUGCAGCGUGUGGGGGAGCGGUCCCGGGGCUCGGUGACGGCACGCGGGCCGAUCGGGGGCUGUGGCGUGCUUCCCGUACCGGACGCUGUCAGUGCUGCAGAGCUUCGGGGAGUGUGGCGGCCGGAGCCAGCGGGGCCGGGCCCUGCCCAGGGCAGAGCUGUCGGGUGCCGCCACGGCCGCCCCCACCCCCACCCCCACCCCGCCCACGCAGGCCGUGACCGUCUUGCACUAGCGCCGCUCUAGUCUCUCAGGAAUCUGCUUGUUACUCUUACUGUGUGAAUAAAGUUUCCUGGCUCAGUCCCCAGCCGC